CUAGUACCUGUCAUGUCAAGAGGCUCCUCUCUUCUGGAGAUUGACUCAACGUCUCAUCAACCUUCUGAACUAUCUUUAGUGUUGUUUAAUGUUCGUUAUUACUGAACCUUUCACCCAAAACUACGCUAGGCCUUAAACAAUAUGUCCUGUCCUCCACGAGAUACUUUCCAAAUUGGCUGGAUCUGCGCUCUCCCGAUCGAGACGGCUGCUGCUGCCGAAAUGCUGGACGAGAAUUUUGGAACUCUCGAGGAGCAAGAUGCAGCGGACUCAAAUACCUAUACUUUAGGCCGGAUUGGCAAACAUCACAUCGUGAUCGCCUGCCUCCCCGGAGGGCAAUACAGAAGUACCUCAGCUACUACCGUCGCAAACAAUAUGAUUCGCACUUUCUCAAAGUCACUUCGAAUCGGAUUGAUAGUCGGUAUUGGGGGCGGAAUCCCGUCGGCUACUCAUGAUAUUCGCCUAGGCGAUGUCGUGAUUAGCUACCCCCAAGGCACUUGUGGUGGGGUGAUUCAAUAUGAUAUGGGGAAGGUUGUUGCAGGAGGUGAAUUUGAACGAACCGGCUCGUUGAAUAGUCCCCCGAGGGCACUAUUGACCGCAGUUAGCACGAUGAGAGCCGCCGCGCUGAGGGAUGAACCCCGCUACCUGGAAUAUCUUCAUAGCGCGAUUGGAAGAACCGCACGAACUCGGAAAAACUUCGGGAAACCUAAUGCACAGUGCGAUAGACUAUUUCAGGCAAAUCACGAUCAUCCUUCGAAUGCGAGUAGCUGCGAUGGAUGUCCAGCGGGAUGGGAAGAGACAAGAAGUGAACGCGAGGAUAAUAAUCCGCAACCCCACUAUGGUAUCAUCGCGUCUGGAAACUCUGUUAUCAAACAUGGGGAAACAAGGGAGCAGCUAAGGUCGAAGACAGGAGCGUUAUGCUUUGGGAUAGAAGCAGCCGGUUUGAUGUUGGACUUUCCGUGCAUUGUCAUCCGCGGCGUCUGCGAUUAUGCCGAUUCGCAUAGGAAUGAGCAUUGGCAAGGAUACGCUGCCUUAACAGCAGCAUCAUAUACGAAAGAACUGCUCUGUUACGUUCCCAUUGGCCAUAUUUCACAAGAGGCAUUGGUGGUGGAUGUGUGUACUGAAUUGAAAGAAGAAAUUAAAGGCACCAAUCAGCGUUUAGAUGGAAUUAAAAGCCAACAAGAUCAGCACCAUCUUAAACAGAUUGAGAUUGUUUUAACAGGACAGCAACGGAGCUGCCAUCAAACUUUCAAGGUGGCCAACUACACGGAGCAAAAGAACAUCAAUCCGAAAAGAGUUGAAGGAACAUGUCUAUGGGCUUUGCAGAGCCCUGAAUACAUUCGCUGGUCAGAGAGCACUUGUAACGAUCUCCUCUGGGUGUCAGCUGAUCCGGGGUGCGGGAAGUCUGUACUAGCCAGGUCGAUUAUCGAUGACUGCUUGAAAGCUCCUGGCCAAGCAGUUAAAGUAUGUUACUUUUUCUUCAAGGACAAUGAAGAACAGAACCAUCUUGCAGCAGCAAUGUGCUCGGUUCUUCACCAGCUCUUUAGCCAGCGACCUGAUCUAUUGCGUCAUGCUAUGCCAUCCUGGGAAAAGAAUGGGGAGAAGCUCCGACACGAGGCUGAGGAGCUUUGGCGCAUCUUUGUAACAGCCGCAUCAGCUGAAGCGUCAUGCAAGACGAUUUGUAUAUUCGAUGCGCUUGAUGAAUGCCGGAACGUUGACCAGGGUCGAUUGAUUAGGAAGCUCGAUUUAUUCCAACGCCAGCUGUCUUCAUCAACACAAGAUACAUAUUUGAAAUUCUUAGUCACCAGUCGCCCCUACGACUAUAUUCAGAAUCACUUCAGAGCGAUAUCAAACUCUUUCUCGCAUCUUCAUCUAAAGGGAGAGGAAAAUAAUGACCAAAUCCAUAAGGAGAUCGAUAUUGUCGUGAAACUGAGAGUCAACGAGUUAGCCGAGACUACAGCAUUGUCACCCGAUGUGACGCAGCGACUCGAGCGACAGCUUCUUCAAAUGGAACACCGCACGUAUUUGUGGCUACAUCUAGCCAUGGAUGAUAUUCGAUCUACAUUCGAGGAUAGCCUUCGGCCUGCCGAGGAAUCAAUCCGAAUGGUACCCCCGUCAGUCAAUGAGGCAUACGAAAGUAUUCUUAGGCGAGUCCCUUCUAGCCAAUGGGAUAUUGUGAGGAAGACCUUACAGAUCAUUGUUGCUGCACGCCGUCCCUUGACAACAGUGGAGAUGGCUAUGGCGCUAGGCAUAGCCAUCUUUCCACAAUCACGAACUGCAGCGGAAGCUAGACUUGAUUCAUCACUGAUAGUUAAGAAGCUCCGUCGUUUAUGUGGGCUUUUUGUCUUCAUCAAUAACUCUAAGAUCUAUCUUAUCCAUCAGACUGCAAGAGAAUUCCUUAUCGCGAAAAGCAGUUCGACAAAUGUCGGUCUCGCAUACCCGUGGAGAUUGAGUGAUGCUGAGGACCAGAUGGCUCGAAUAUGUUUGCGUUACUUGUUAAUGGAGGACCUGGUGCGUGAUAACGACAGACUUUGUUCUAGUACCCAAGAUUUCAUGGACUAUUCGGCAGUACAUUGGCCCUAUCACGUAAGGCAAAUGGAUCUGGCUUCGUACCAAAAAGCGGCCAACCGAGUGCAUCGACUAUACGACAUGGAUGGAAAGCUAUUCUCGCUGUGGUUUCCUAUCCUUUGGAAGGCAGCAAGGCCUUACGAGAGACUGCCUACAAUAAAGGCAUUGCAUCUAGCAGCAUUUAACGGCCAUGAGCAGGAGGUUCAAUCUCUAAUUGGUGUUAAUACAGGCGACGUUAAUGAACCAGAUGAUACAAGAACGUACGCCGUCGUAUGGGCGUCAUUAAAUGGACACGAAAAGGUCGUGCAGCUACUGUUAGAUUGCGGAGCUGAUAUCAACGCCCAGGGUGGCUUCUACGGAGACGCUCUCAAGGCCGCUUGUUCUGAAGGACACCAUAGGAUUGCGCAGCUACUGCUCGAGCGUGGAGCCAAUGUCAACGUCCAGGGUGGACAAUACGGAAACGCCCUUCAGGCCGCUUGUUCUAAAGGACAAGCUGAUAUUGUGCUGCUGCUGCUUGACUGUGGAGCUGAUAUCAACGCUCAGGGUGGCUACUACGGAAAUGCCCUCCAGGCCGCUUGUUCUGGAGGGCACGACGAGAUUGUGCAAAUUCUCCAAGGCCUUCCUGCCACUGACCGGCCGACAUCCUAGCUUUUC